AUGAUAAAUAAAUUAAUUGAUAAACUGUCUGCAUUAUAUGUUUGUGUAUGCGAAUAUGUGUGCAUAGCAGGGUAUGCACCUGCUGCUUUCCUGCUGCUUCUUAUUACAGUUGACUAUGGUUAUGUAUGCGCGCUUUUGGGAAAUUUAGUCUAUUUGGGCGUGAUAAUAUUUCAGUUGCAUGAUGUGCAAAUUUUCAUGAAGUUUUCUUCGCUUUCCAUACUAGAGAGUCUGAAGAAGAAUCUUGCAGAAAAGGGAUUUGAUGAUAUGACGCCUGUGCAGGAGAGUGUGGUGCCUCUGCUCCUGCGCCAGCGGGACGUAGUGGCUGAGGCGGUCACCGGCUCUGGGAAGACACUUGCGUUUCUUGUGCCCCUUCUCCAGAGAGUGCUGGGAAAGAAGCGCCCAAAGAAGGCAGAGGGGCCGCGCGUGCUUGUUGUUGCGCCCACCCGCGAGCUUGCGCAGCAGAUCCACCAGGCUGCGCUGUCCAUCUCUGGCGGCCUUGGAGUGAGCAUGCAGUGCAUCACUGGCGGCGCAGAGGUCGGCGAGAUAGUGGCCCGCCGCGCGCUGGGAGAGAGCAAUGCGGAUGCGUGGCCGGAUGUCAUGAUUGGCUCGCCUGGGAAGAUUUUCGAGCUAAGCAGAGAGGGCGGGAUGCCUCUCCGAGACGUGGAGCUGUUUGUUCUUGACGAGGCCGACAAAAUGCUCUCCUUUGGAUUCCGCAAGGAGGUGUCUGAGAUGCUGCGCAUGCUUCCGCGCGCAAAGCAGACUGCGAUCUUUUCCGCCACGGUAUCUGAGAGCGUGCACGCGCUGGGCCGCCUGGGGAUGCGCAGCCCCCUCUUUGUGUGUGUGAAAAACGCGCUGUGUGUGCCGGACGGGCUGCGCCUGCACGGGCUGUGUGUGCCGCCUGCAGAGAAGAGCGAGGCUCUGAUGCGGGGAAUACGCUCUCUCGGAAAAAAAAUCAUUGUGUUCUUUGCCACGUGUGCGCAGGUGGACUACUUCCACUCGCGGCUGCUGC